AGGAGCUCCUUUUGCCAUCCCAUGGAUCCCUUGGGUGCUCCCUCCCAGUUUGUGGACGUCGACAGUCUGCCGUGCUGGACUGAUGCCUGUGAGGAUAAGCAGACUGACUCUCACCAAAAUCCUGCUGAAAAAGCUCAAGUUGAUGUUAGAUCACCUUUUCCAUACAGGAAAGACAUCAAUGCCAAAAUAGUCUUAUGGAAAGGAGAUGUGGCAUUAUUGAACUGCACAGCCAUAGUGAACACUAGCAAUGAGUCUCUCACUGAUAAGAAUCCAGUAUCUGAAAGUAUAUUCAUGCAUGCUGGGCCUGACCUGAGGGAUGAACUGCAGAAGCUCAAAGGCUGCAGGACUGGUGAGGCUAAACUCACCAAAGGAUUUAACCUGGCUGCUCGUUUCAUCAUUCACACCGUGGGGCCCAAGUACAAAAGUCGCUAUCGCACCGCGGCCGAGAGCUCUCUCUACAGCUGUUACCGCAACGUCCUGCAGCUGGCCAAGGAACAGGCAAUGUGCUCCAUAGGAUUUUGUGUCAUUAAUUCUCUGAAAAGAUGCUACCCCUUGGAGGAUGCAACCCACAUAGCCCUGCGCACAGUUAGGAGGUUCCUGGAGAUCCAUGGAGAGACUCUGGAGAAGGUGGUGUUUGCAGUCUCUGAGCUGGAAGAGGCCACUUACCAGAAGCUGCUGCCUCUGUAUUUUCCAAGGUCAUUGGAGGAGGAGCUCCGGUCCUUGCCUUACCUCCCUGCAGACAUUGGCAAUGCGGACGGGGAGCCUGUAGUGCCAGAGCGGCAGAUCAGGAUUAGUGAGAAGCCAGGGCUUCCAGAUGAUGCUUCAGAUGAAGAGGGUCUGGAGGCAGAUUUGUCCUUCAUUGGGUCCCAUGCUUUUGCCCGCAUGGAGGGCGACGUUGAUAAACAGAGACGCCUCAUCCUUCAGGGACAGUUGUCAGAGGCAGCCCUGCAAAAACAGCAUCAGAGGAAUUACAAUCGCUGGCUGUGUCAGGCAAGAGCUGAAGACCUCUCUGACAUUGCUUCUCUCAAAGCCUUGUACCAGACAGGUGUAGAUAACUGUGGCCGCACAGUGAUGGUGGUGGUUGGAAGAAACAUCCCUGUAACCCUGAUAGACAUGGAAAAGGCUCUUCUGUAUUUCAUCCACGUCAUGGAUCACAUUGCAGUGAAGGAGUAUGUCCUGGUGUACUUCCAUACACUCACAAAUGACUACAAUCAACUGGACUCUAAUUUCCUGAAGAAGCUGUAUGAUGUUGUCGAUGCCAAGUACAAGAGGAACUUGAAGGCACUGUAUUUUGUCCACCCAACAUUUCGUUCAAAGGUCUCAGCAUGGUUUUUCACAACCUUUACAGUCUCAGGGCUAAAGGACAAAAUUCACUAUGUUGAAAGCCUUCAGCAGUUAUUCACAGCCAUACCCCCAGAACAGAUUGAUCUCCCUCCUUUCGUCCUCGAGUAUGACGCCAGGGAAAACGGGCCUUACUAUUCUUCCUACCCUCCAUCCCCUGACUUGUGAUCUGCAGUCCUGCAAUGCUGCUGGCUCCCCGUGGAUCCAGUGGACCUGAUGCCUGCCAAAAACCUGUGCAUUUGCCCAUGUACAGAACUCAGAGAGAGGGUUUUCCUCCCCCAGCUCUGGUAUUUUUUUACUGAUGAGAUAUUUUCAAGCACUCAAGCAAUCAGAGAACUUUAUGCCACUGUGAACUGUACAACUCUUUCAACUGUAUUUAGCCACUGUAAAUGUUGGGUGGGUUUUGUUUGGCUGCUUUUGGUUUGUUGUCAAGGUGGUUUGUUUUGUUUUCCUGUUGUGGUUUGGUUUUCUGUUUUGUUUGGUGUUUUUUAACUGUGGCCAUUUCUUUCUGAACAAACUUUCUCUUUCCUUAGAGCUCCCAUCCUCUCCUCUUCUUAGCUACAGCCAUUUUCCAGUUCCAUUUAUAAAGCCUGUUCCUUAUUGGUCUGCACAACUACUGUGCAGUACCAGCCUGGCACAUUGCUCACCAUUCAGUCUCUGUUUCACUUCUGGUUAUUUUCUCUUUCUGUUAGUGCUGAUUACUUUGGUCCUGACCCAGCAAAACUAUCUGGAAUUGGGAAUGCCAUGUCUGCAGGCUGAACAAAACACUACAGCCAAGCCAAGAUUGCUGCAAGACUUGCUGCCACAAAUGCUAGGUGAAUGAGGAGCCUUGGGAAAGCCCCUGACAGGAUUUAUUGGAUGAUGUGACAUGUCAGGAUGCCACUACCCUCCCAGUCAGAAUAAAAUUGAA